GAAACCAGCAAUGUCUGGCCGAUAAACGUUGUUAAAAUAAAUAUAUCACAGUCUUAUUAAAUAUGCUUCCGAUAGAGUGUGGACAACAUUAAACAAAUAAAUGCAGUUAAUUAUGAUCACUUGCAACGAUGAAAUUCUUUAAAAACUAGUGAGGGCUUUAAUUAGCCAGGCAGUUAUCAGUUAGCAGAGAGCACAUCAUUGUACAGCUGUACAUUUUAUGUUGCUUACCAACGCGACUACAGUGGUUAAAUAGAAAUAUAGUCUGAUGAGGCUGUAAUGUGAAUCCGACACAUUUGUUGCAAUCGAGGUGCAGACAGUUAUAGAGUAAACGGGUGAAUGAGCGAGGCUGACUUCUUCCCCUCUGCUGAUAUGGCAGAGAUAAACCGCAUCCAUUAUGAACUAGAAUAUACAGAGGGCAUCAGUCAACAGAUGAGGAUCCCAGAGAGGCUCAAGAUUGCCUCCAGCUCGUCAGAGGACCCGCCUGGUCUCCCUCUGGACGCAUCCCACAGUACUAUGAUGCAUGUGCCAGAAAGGAUUGUAAUUGCAGGAGAUAGCAAUGACGCUCGCUUUGGGAGACCCAGAGAUCUGGAUUUGAUCCAGUCCACGCCUCUAGAGACGGUUGAACUGAAGACCCCACCACGGGUUCUUACCCUCAAUGAUCAACCUCUGGACUUCCUUGAGCCAGAGCCAGCAGGCAACUCCACUGCCCAGCCAAGAGACGAGAUGCGAUCUCACUUUAGGUCAAGACGGGAGCGCUGUAGGAGUGAGAACUCAACAAUGCAUCGCAAUGGACAGAUAAACAAACAGGAUUUUGCAAGCCCUUCACCGUCUCGUGCUCCUGUCCGUUCCUGUCCUCCUCUCAUCAGCCCUGAGGACAGUAGUCAGAACUUAAACAGUGCCACUGGUGUCCUCUCCUACAUCAAGAGCACGACUCGCAGGGCUUACCAACAGGUCCUUGAGGUGCUGGACGACAGCCACCGCAGUCGGACAGCUCUUGUGACUUUUGAUCCUAGUCUGGAGAACACUGCUGAUGAUGCUGUCUUAACGGACGCUGCAUCACUGCGACGACAGAUCAUCAAGCUGAAUCGAAGACUGCAGCUACUGGAGCACGAGAAUAAAGAGCGCGCCAAGCGGGAAAUGGUCAUGUACUCCCUCACUGUUGCGUUCUGGCUGGUCAACUCCUGGAUCUGGCUCCGCCGCUAGACACCCCUCUUUUCCACUCAUCCUUUAGAGUGUCAAAAUAAACAAAAUAAAAGACAGUUCAGUCACAUGUAUAUUAGGUAUUUUCUCAUUCAUAGACUUUUCAGUUAGUAAAGGGUCAAAAGAAUAAUAUAACCGUUGCACUACUUUCAAUAACACAAGGUCUAAUUAAGCUCAAAGUGUGUAAUGUUUAAUUUAUUGUUUUUGCAUUUCAUAUUGUAUACUGUUUUUGUAACUGUUCUGUAUGAAUAGUUUGAUUGUCCAGUGCAACGUGAUGUAAAGAUGUAAAUGAUUGUAAUGUUUAGACAUUCCAUUUUUGUGAAUACAUGAAAGUUUGCACUCAUUUUUUUUAGUUGAAAUAUUUUGAGUCAUUAUUUAUGCAAGAACAUAUUUAAAGUUGUGGAAUCACCAAAGUAUUAAAGUGUAAAAGGCAUAAACGGUAUUGCUUUCACUGAAUUUCAGACACUGUUGAUCACAAGAUGGAGUCUUAUUAUGACUCUAAGUUUUUUUUUUUAUUAAUAUCUGUGAGCAUACAUGUAUAUUAAAUGUCACAGCUUGCUAAAGUCUCAGAAUAAUGAUCAGGAUGCCUCAGUUCCUCUGCAUGAUUUGGCUCUAGAGCCACAGGGUCCCCGUCACAGGGUUUAUCCUCCAGCUAAGCAGUGUCUGCCUGUUGGUAAUUGAUGCUAAACUACUAACUGUGUCUAUAUCAAUAUUUCCUAGGAAAACCCCCAAAUAAAGAUUGCACACAUCACAAAAGGAUGCUUUAGAAGUCAAUAUAUUGUUUUAUUUUAAAAUUCCUUGAUCAUACGCCUGUCACUGGCACACAGUCCAUUGCAGUUCAUUUUGCAAUGUAGUCAGAGGAAGAUUUAUUUGUUCUUUUAUUCUGUGUGUGAUAUUUAUUUGUUAGUUUAUGUAAACAUGCAGACUUUGAAUGUUUUAUCACAUUUUACUGUUUUUCAGCAUUGUUUAAAUCAAGGCAAUAACACAAGGAUCAUUCAGUUUCAGCAGAAAGUUAUUAAAACGUAUUAAACAAG